AUGCCACUCCAUCUUCUCGGCAAAAAGUCAUGGAACGUCUACAACCCAGAGAAUAUCGCCCGCGUCAAGCGCGACGAGGCACAGGCCAAGGCCCGCGAGGAGGAAGAUGAACGACAUAGGCAAGAAGCCGAUGCCGAGCGUCGAAUCCAGAUUUUGCGUGGAGAGCGCGUGCCUACACCUCCUCCGCCACCAUCUCCUCGUGAGUCGACAGAAACGGGAGCUCGGCAGGACAGAAAAUCCCACGACGGCCCUGGGAGAUUCCUCAAGAGACGCCGCCUGGCUGGUGAGGAUGAUACGGACAGAGACAUCAGAAUAGCCCGAGAGGAUGCAGCUCAGGCUAUUGCUAAACGAGAAGAGCUAUCUCUGAGUUCACAGCGGGACCCUGAGAAGAACCUCGAGGCCGAAGCCGAGGCGGAGCGAAAGCGGCGCGGCUUUGAAGACCAAUAUACAAUGCGACUCUCCAAUGCGGCUGGGUUCAAGGAAACUGCUGGCCGUCAACCAUGGUACUCGUCCGGUGGCCAGGCUGCGACAGCACCGGAUGCAAUGCCCGAGAAGAACGUAUGGGGCAAUGAAGACCCGAUGCGCAAAAAUCGAGAGAAGGCUCGUAUGGAUGUCAAUGAUCCUCUUGCAGCUAUGAAACGCGGUGUGCGCAAGUUGAAAGCGACGGAACAAGAACGAAAACGAUGGCACGACGAGAAACGAAAAGAGAUCGAGGACCUCAAAUCUGAUGAGCGCCAGCAGUCAAGACACCACCGGAGGAAGCGUUCAAGAUCCAGGGAUAGUCUUGACGAUUUCCGGCUCGACGGACCGGCAGUCAAAGACCGAAGCCUUGAUGAAAAAGACCAAACGAGUUCUCGCCGGCACCAUCGUCACCACCGAGAAAGAAGCCGGGAACACUCGCGUCGGGACCGUAGUCGGGACCGCUCACAUCGGCGGUCACAUAACUCUUCAGAUCGUGCUCAUCGCCAUCGCCAUGAUGAACCCCCCGUGAUGAUCACAGGCGUUCACGAAAGCCAGAACCAGGCAAAGUUUACGAGAAGCGUUGAUCGCACUACUUUUAGUAAAGAUUAA